CGAAAGAGAGGAUUGAGGAAACGGUGCGGACGAUUCUAGAAGGAUCCAACAUGGAUGAGAUGACAGAGUCGAAGAUUCGGAAGCAGGCUUCCACCCAUCUCGGCCUCGACCUCUCCCAGCCGCCCCUCAAAGCCUUCGUCAAACAGGUCGUUCAAGCAUUCCUCGACGAGAAGCAGCGCCAACCUGAACCUGAAGAAGAUCACAACAAGCCGGAGUACGAUGACGACGGCGAUCUCAUCAUCUGCAAGCUCUCUGAGAGGAGAAGGGUCACCGUUCAGGACUUCCGAGGCAAAACUUUGGUCUCCAUUCGCGAGUAUUAUCGAAAGGACGGCAAGGAACUCCCUACCUCUAAAGGAAUAAGUUUGACAGAGGAGCAAUGGUCAGCCUUCAAGAAAAAUGUGCCUGCUAUAGAAAAGGCCAUUAAGAAAAUGCAGUCCGGCAACAUAUAAAUGUCUCUUCAAGUCCGCUUGCAUAUCGAGCAAAGUAUUCACCUCACUCCCCAUGGACCAUGAAGACAGCUGAUAUCUCAACUCAAGCAAUGUAGCGCUUUUUUGCUCUUUUAUUUCGGCAAAUAUUCUGCAUCAUGGGUCAUUUUGUUUUGGGGCUUGUAAUCACUGUGAAUCAUGUACUGUUUAAAUUACUGCUAUUGGAAUCCUUGUAGCUAUUUUCAGGAAGACUCUGAAGCUAGGCAAAAGGCCAAAAAUGAAUGCUAGUACUUUACAUUAUAUUCAAUUAUCUUGUGUUGUUUCCUGCAA